AUGGAGAUGAAGUUGCUCAGGGGCAGUAUCAAAUCUGCACUGGCCUUUGUGAUGGAUGGAGAGAUCAAGUUGCACAACAAGGUUUACAAGAAGUGGUCAGCUUUGCGACCAGUGCUUCAAGCAUGGGUGCUGAAGUGUUAUGAGACGGUGGAUCUUCAUGCUGUGCAAACCCUGACGACAAGCUCUGGUGUUGAGAACGACAACGACAGGGUUGAGAACCUUGCAAAGAUUCUGCCUGCUCUCAACAGAUCUCACUCUGAUGCUGAGCUUCCUGCCAUUGUCAAGGCAUGCAAAUCGAAGGCUCUGGAUGCACUCAUUCCGGACUUGUUCAGAUGGUUGGAGGCAGAGAGAGUUGCCACCAAGCAGAUCAAUCCACUCGAGGCGAAACCGUCCUCGCACAUGACCAUGGCCAAGAUUCUCGAGCAGUGGGAAGACUUGUGCAGCUGUGGUGAAAAGAGGACAUAUCGGACGUGA